CGACCAUGAAUUAUCUGCCAUAUAAAAACAAACGGGUCACGAUUUGUUUAUCAUUUGAGUGCUUAAAGUGGUAUAGUAAGUUAACAGAGAACUGUGAUAAUUUAGUGAAUAUGUCAAACAGGGAUAGCGCUGCCAAUCAACUUUUAGAAUUUAAAAAAAGUACUAAGGAUGAUUCUCCUGCAACAGCCGCCUACGGAGCACCAUUAGCCGAGAAAGACGGCUCCCUUACGGUUGGACCCCGUGGACCAAUCCUGUUACACGAUGUUGCCUUGAUCGAAGAACUCGCACAUUUUGACAGGGAAAGAAUCCCCGAGCGAGUAGUUCACGCCAAGGGAGCAGGCGCGUUCGGUUAUUUCGAAAUUACGCACGACAUCACAAAAUACAGCGCCGCAAAAGUUUUUUCUAACAUUGGAAAGAAAACUCCAAUUGCAGUAAGAUUCUCCACUGUCGGAGGCGAAUCUGGAUCGGCCGAUACCGUAAGAGAUCCACGUGGUUUUGCUGUAAAAUUUUAUACUGAGGAUGGUAUUUGGGAUUUAGUUGGGAAUAAUACUCCCAUUUUCUUUAUCCGUGAUCCUAUUCUAUUUCCUAACUUCAUUCAUACACAGAAGAGAAAUCCUAAGACUCACCUUAAAGAUGCCGACAUGUUUUGGGAUUUUAUUUCUUUGAGGACAGAAAGUAUGCAUCAAGUUCUUUUUUUGUUUAGUGACAGAGGUAUUCCAGAUGGCUACAGACAUAUGAAUGGUUAUGGAUCGCACACGUUUAAACUUGUCAAUAAUGAAGGCAAACCGGUUUUCUGCAAAUUCCACUACAAAACCGAUCAGGGCAUUAAGAAUUUGGAUGCAAAGAAAGCCGAAGAACUUUCUGGUACCGAUCCAGAUUAUUCCAUCAGAGAUUUGUAUAACGCCAUUUAUGCUGGUAAAACACCCACUUGGACUAUGUAUAUCCAAGUAAUGACACCUGAACAAGCCGGAGCAUGCAAAUUUAAUCCAUUCGACUUGACCAAAGUUUGGCCCCAUUGUGACUAUCCUCUUAUUCCUGUCGGUAAAUUAUGUCUGAACCGCAAUGCCGAAAACUACUUUGCUGAAGUCGAGCAAAUUGCAUUCAGUCCGGCCCAUUUGGUUCCCGGAAUCGAACCAUCGCCAGAUAAGAUGUUAUUGGGCCGUAUCUUUUCUUACGGUGACACUCACAGACAUCGUCUGGGACCAAAUUAUUUGCAACUUCCAGUAAAUUGUCCCUUCAAGGUUAGAAAUUUCCAAAGAGACGGUGCUUUGUGUAUGAACAACCAAGGAGGUGCACCAAAUUAUCAUCCUAACAGUUUUGGAGGCCCAGACAGCUGUCCAAGAGCUAAAGCUCUUGCUCCUCCAGUUACUGUUUCUGGCGAAGCUUUGAAAUAUGAUACUGCAGAUCAAGAUAAUUUCUCGCAAGCUAGAGUUUUCUUUCAAAAAACAUUGAAUAAAGAAGAACAAAAUAGACUUAUUGAGAACAUUUCUGCUUCUAUUUCCGGAGCUGUCGACUUUAUUCAAGAAAGGAUGGUUAAAAAUCUUAAAGAAGUUGAUGCAAACCUUGCAAAUCGUGUUGAAGAAAAAUUAAGACUUAUAAAAAAAACAAAAUCUAAUCUAUGAAUAUUAUUAAUGUUUUGGUUAAGGGAAAAAUAAAUGUUAUAUUUUUUAUAAAUCUUU